CUUUCCCGGGCGAGCGGGCGGUUGUCCGUGCAUCUGUGGCUGGGCGCCCCGUUACGUAGGUUACGCACACAGUCACUCCCCCAAGGCCGCCGGGAGCCCGCCCAGAUAGCUGCGCCCUCCCACACCCGGGCACCCCGGAGGUGGGGGCCGAGAUGGUGCGGAGCGGGGGCUCGACGUGGAGCUGACCGAGGACUGAGAAGAGUCGGGGUGACACACGAAGCCCUUCCCUGCCGUCGGUCCAGGGGCUCCUGCCCGCCGAUUUCCGGCCGUCAGGGUCACGCUACUCGCUGGACGCCCUGAACUCCGUGUCCCCCAAGCCCCGGGCCCCCUGCGGGAAUGUUCAAAAAUGAGUACCAGGGAGGUGCAUUUGUUGAAAUCUUUAGUGCCCAGGGCAAAAAUCCUGGAGCAAAAUGGAAGAUCCUUGGCAGUCCAUCUGUGAUUUGGAAAGAGUUUGAUAAAGAGGUUAAAAGUUUUGUGUUUGUCCUGGAAGGCAGCAGCCAAACAAACAAAAUUCAGUUACCAAAGGAGAAUAAGCAAAUCCUUGGACUGAUCCAGAGGUUUCUUGUACUUCAGAUUUACAUACCCCUGGGACAAGACUUCUCCACUGAAUUACUAAUUACUGAUUUAGGGAACAUUAAAAGAAGAUUGUAUCUAUCAACGGUCCAUAAGGAACUGUCCUCAACUCCUCUUCAUGCAAAAAUCCCACUCUUCAUGAUCAAGCGCAAAAUUUGGUGCAAUCUGUGCAUAGACUUGGUAGCAUUUACCAGUGAAAUAUUCAAGGGGGCAGUUUUCCAGUCAUUGGAUGGAAUUAUUGUCUCAGCUAACUGUAAGCUGCGGAAGAUCUUCACUUUAAAAUGCAAGCCUCAAGACACUGCUGAUAAAGACGCUGGAUAUGGUGUCCCCUUUCCAACAGAUGAACCCGCAGACAUUAUUCCACGGAGCUGCCAACUAACGACAGAUGUUCCACAAGUCACACAGCUGCUAAACAUGACUAAACUCCGCCAAACGGAAAUAAAAUUUGGAGGUCAUCCUCUAAGUUCAGCAGAGUCAGAUCAGUUCAUUAACAGGGGAACAGGUAGUGUGCGGAACAGUAAAAAUCAAGAUGUUUGUCAUAUCGCUUUCGGAUCCAGAGUUCUGGGACCACCUCCACUCUCUGGCAGAAGGAAUAACAUGAGGAUAUCCAGUGAGACAGUAAGAUCCGUUGGGUCCAGAAAUAUCCGAUCAUGCCAACAGUCUGUGGCUGAGGACUGUGUUAGCAGUGCGGAGAUGUCAGCCUCGCUGAUGCCUGAGUCUGAGGAGCAAGCAGAUAAAGAGAGUAUUCGCCAAAUAAAGCAGACUGUACCUGUUCGUGCUGAUCUGCAUGUUAUGCAUCCACAUCCCCCUCAAGAACCAUCAGCAGAUAAGAGUAACAGGAGAAGAUUACGGUUAAAAAGCACCAGCAGAGAAAGGACAGAGGCACACCGCGGCAGUUCUUCAGGAAAUAACAGGAAUGAAGAUAAAGCAACAGUUGUCCUCAACUGUGGGUCCCACCAAAGUGCAGAGAUGAAUCCCAGCUCUCCAGCCCUGCAGUCUCCUGAUCAAGCAGAUGAGUGGAUAUUUCCUGAAAAUGAUGAUCGGAUUUCCCAUUUGGCGUCCAGCAGACAGUCUCUCCUUCUGGGUGAUGACUCCUGCCACGCUUCACACCUGUGGCUGGAAGCCAGCAAGGAAAGUGAACGUGGCCAACUGGCAGAGGAAAGCCAGGUUGUUCCAAAGGACAUUUUCACUUUUUCAUCAAGACCACGAUCAGCACCUCAUGGAAAAACUCAGAACAUGUCCCCAGAGGGGUACCCAUUUAUUUUGGAUCUAAAAGAGGAUACCAGUGUGACAAGGAGAGACACCGAAUCGGAGGAUGAUUUUUAUGGCGGUGACAGCAGCGAAGAGGGUAACGACAGUAUCCAGGGUUCCCUGAGCCCAACAACUAGUCCUUCAGGGUUAACUCAGUUAACAUUAGAGAGCACGUUGGGGAAGGCUGCAAGGUGGACAGAUAAAGGACCUCUAAAAAGUGCCUACGCAGAAGCGGGAGCAUCAGAAAGCCAGAAUUCCUUGGCAAAGCAGAUAGAGAGAAAAGACUUUCAAACGAAUGUGGUGCCUACACCAUGCCUUUCUCCCCCGGGAAGAAGUGAAGCCUCUCAGAAAACCCCGGAUCCUGUUACCAAAGCAAAGGACCGACCAGCCCAUCAAGUACCAGCUUCAAUAAACGAAACCUCCCUAAAGGAGAUCUCCAGGGAAGAGUGGAGACCGGUUCCUGAGGUAUCUAAAAGAAGAGAAGGCAGUAGCUGUCUCAAAGGGUCCUCUGAGAAAGAAUAUGACUGGAGAAACUAUCAGCCCAGCCAAAUGAGUGAAUCUGAGUUGCAAAUGCUGGCAAGCCUGCGGCGGCAACAGAAUGAAGAACUGGAGGACACGGGGGCUUCCCACGGCCUCAGUGCAUCCCAGGUUGACAACUGUAACGUCAGCAUUAGUACCAGCAGUGACGACACCACCACCUGGAAUUCCUGCCUGCCACCUCCUGUCAACCAGGGUCGUCACUAUCAGAAAGAAAUGAAUCCACCUUCUCCUUCUAACCCCCGGGACUGGUUAAAUAUGUUGAGCCCACCGAUUGUUCCUGCCAGUCAACAGCCAACAGACCAGAAUCUGGAUUCUUCUGGAAGCUUGAGUGCUCAAGGUGAAGAAGACCCAAGUGUGGAAGAGGAUGAGGAGGUGCUGACUCUGCUGUAUGACCCGUGUCUGAACUGCUACUUUGAUCCCCAGACGGGGAAAUACUACGAGUUGGUGUGAGGCCUCCCUCCGGGGCCUGGAAUGGCUGUGCCCCAUCGGGGCAGGCGACCGUGCUGGCCCUGACGUUGGCCCCACGGUGCGUGUGUCCGGCAGGCCCGCAGAAUCCAGAGUAACUGAGAGAAAUGAAGUUGUUUUGUAAAUAACGUUCGAUGUUAAGGAUACCUGCCUUCUCUUUGUAGAUGCAUGUGAUUUUUUAGCAGUGAAGGAAUUAAUACAGAGGCAAGAUUUCAGAACUUGGAAUUGGUUCUUCUUGGUUAGUUCUCAUCCUACAUAUCAUUUUUUAUUGCCUAUAAUCUUAUGGAAGCAAUUAAGAGUUAUUAAUUCAAAUGUUUUGCAGUGUUAAUCUAUAAAUGAUGGCUUGAUACACAGAAAAUGUAUUCUUGUUUCAACGAUAUCUGAGUACCUUUUAUUUUAUUACCUAUUUGUAUUAAAGUAUGAUGGUCAAAAGAAUACCUUUUAAAAUGCCU